AAGGUCUUACGGGUGUGGAACGACAUGAGGGUAAAAGAAAUUAUUUGUGCUGCAAGACGUCAUUGUUUCACAGGUGCUGUUUACCAUCAUCUCUGCGCAGUAAGGAUUCAGAGAGCUGUGCGAGCGCACUGGGCUCUUAAAUCAGCCAAGAAGAAAAUCUCUUCAGUCCUAUACAUCCAGGGCUCUGAAACAAACCCAACAUCUCAGUCUCAGUGUUACAGGAUACAUUCAUUGAUUCAUCAGAACCAGAACUACAACUUCAAGAUCAAGUUUAAAUCAAAAUAUCAAAAAGUCAAGUAUUUGGAGUAGGAGUGACUCUGAACCAGUGUGUAUUUAUUAAAGCAGACUUAUUCAACUCUCUCCCCUGGAUUGUAUUCAUUUUUCAAUUUGAUUACAUUUUCUCUGAAGAGUUUAAAAAGUUUAUUUAUUUUCCAUAGAUUUGUCGCAGAUUGUAAUGGAUUAUACAUCCCAUAGUUUCCUAUCUUUUACUUUCCCAAGUCUCAAAUCUUGGUGUUGUUUACUUCUGCACAGUAUAGCCUCCUGAGACCCAGAAUAAAAGUUUUUUGAAUUUA